UGAGGGCAGCCUGCGUUGGAUUCUUUCAUGAGGAAGGGCACCUCAAUUGUUAUUGAGAGCAUGUAAAUACUCAUGAGCCCUUAUCUCGUAAAACCAUAACCCUGAUCUGAUGAUGAGCGACUUCGGAUCAUUUACGCCGCAUCAACCAGACAUAGCCAGCCCCCUUGAAAGCUCACUUAUAAGACGAGUCUCUCGACAAAGACUCUUUUGCCUCUUGUCUAAGAUGCCGAGAUUGUGCCCCCGCUACUCCGUAGUCGGGAAGAGUUCAUAGAACAGACUCAUUCACCGGGCCGGCCUCUGGCCAUUUCAGCGCACCCAAUCAGUCGUCGUCCAUCGCCAGAUUGCCAUCCCCAAGUCAUCAUAAACAAUACAUACACACUAGGAUCAUCCCCUAGACCAGCUGCAGCGCACUUCAUUCUCCUCGUUCCAGGGGUCAUGCGCACGCUCUACCCCCGCUGAGAGAUCCCAUCACUUCCCUGUCCGGGCAACCCGUACGACGUCAGUAUUGUGCCCAUGUCCUCCAGUCAAACUCAAAGUCCUUGGCGAACCCCUGCUCUGUCCUCAAAGUUGAUGCCGGUCACACGUGCAAUUCAAAGUCCUUUCAGUCAGUCACCAGAGCACAACCGGUCCGGCCAACCAAUCCUUUGUAAUACAAUGUAUGUAAGUUGAUUUGAUCAGAGAUGAUAUCAGCUAUAUAAUACUCGUUGGCCUCCCACCUUUUCUCCAAUUCAUCAUUGUUAGUAUCAUAACCAUAAAGCAAACAGUUGUAGUUGAGAAAUACUUUAAAGCACAGUCAACAAAAUCCACCACUUAUACGCGGCAACACCAGCAACAUUUCAGGAUGCUCUCCUUCGUUAACUACACUCCUCGACCUCACCCCGAGCACAAGAACAAGGAACAUUGCCGGGUUCACUCUAACCCAUCAAACAUUCCUCGCGAUAUCUCCAACAAUACUCCAGCCACCGACCCCAAGUCUGCCAUCCCACGGUCUGCUGCUCCGCCUGCUCCAGCAGCCUGAGCGGGUUGACCACUAGUUCAAUGCUUGCACAACAAACGUCUUCUUGAAAUUCAACGUUUGAGGAUACCCGAGGAGUACAAUGAUGUUUGUGUUUUUUUUCCUCAGGGAAAUCAAUUGGUCGUAAUAGUGAGGACAAAAUGGCUUUAUUGAGCUGGAAUUACAAUUCUCACAAUGGAACUAGCUACAGAGCACUAUCAUGAUCAAAAAGGGAAAACAGAUCGCAGAAGGGGGGGGGAGUGGGAUACAUUAGCUUUCCGGGUAGUUGGUAUGACCAAUUGAUACACUAUUUAAAAUCUAAGAUACAGCUGCUUGGUUGCUCCAUGCCCUAUUCAUCACCAUG